AUGACUGAAGCAAACGAGACGGUCGCCAUUGUUGGUGCCCUUGGAACCCAAGGUGCUUCCGUGAUCAGGGCGCUCAGAUCAUCGCCAAUCACCUCACAGUGGAAAAUUCAUGCACUAACCUCCUCGCCGCAGUCAGAAUCCGCAAGGGCUCUCAGUGAACAGGCCAACGUCUCUAUCGUUUACUGCGACGUCAAUGACCCGAAGUCCAUCCACGAGGCAUUCCAAGGUUGCACGCACAUAUUCGCUAACACUGCGUUUCAUGGAGGGACAUUGUUUGCUAAAGGUCAGAAGGCUGGUGAGGAUCUGGAAAAUGCCCAGGGUAUGAAUCUUGUGCGCGCGGCAGCCGAGACAAAGUCUUUGAAGCAUCUUAUCUGGAGUACUUUGCCGGAUAGCAAUGUGACUAGCCAGGGAAAAUGGAAAGUACCGCACUUCAUGAGCAAACAACACGCCAAUGAGUACAUCCUUGGUGGAUACACAGGCUGUGACGCAAGGAGACAACAGCAGGAGCCAGGCUGGGGUAGCUUAAGGGACAAAAGCACAUUGAUGUCCAUCGGCGUGUACGGGAGCAAUUUCCGAAACCACUCCUACAGGCCUACCAAGAAGCAUGAGCACGACGAAUAUGUGAUCCAGCUCCCUUGUUCACCAGAUGUACCUUUUUCGAUCGCUGGGGACGAAAACGAAAAUGUUGGAAUUCUCGUACGUGCUAUCUUCGAACAGCCGGAAACGUCCAUUGGCACAUGGAUCUCUUGUGAGUCAGAGCGCAUCUCCUGCCGACAAUGGGUAGCAUGCCUAGACACGGCGGCCAAGUCGCAAGGAGUUCGAAAAACAAUCACUUUCGAGGAGUGUACCAUGCAAUCUAUCGAAGAGAGAUGGGGCGUAUUAGGCAACGAAAUCGGGCAAAUGAUGGCGUACAUUAGUGAGCUUGAGGAGAGAGCGUUUGAGAACACCAGCGAUCUCCCGGAAAUCAACGCAAGUCAACUUGGAGUCCAAGCAGAGCUGGUACCUGUGCGUGUGUUCUAUGAAAAGCUGGAUUGCGUUGCACUUCUGCGAGAAGUGGAUAAUGGUGAGAUACAUUUGGGAACGGCGAGUCGCUAG